AUGUGUAAAUGUACAAAUUUUCCACUUUUUGCAAUAUAUGAUACAAAUUAUUUAACUAAACCACGUUCAUUAUCAAAUCAAGAUCUUUUUUGUACAUAUUCAAGUGAAUAUUUAAAUGAAACAAAAUUAACAACAUUUGAUCAAUUUAAAUAUAUUUAUUAUCGUUUUCGUACUUUAACAUUUGCAAAUUAUCCAUUUAUACCAACGAAAGCUUUUCGUUAUAUACAAUUUGAAAGUCAAAGUGUUAAACAAACACAUAAAACAAAUAAUCGAAAUGUUAUUGCGUUUGUUAAUAUUGAACAAACUCAUUCAAGUAUAUUUGAAGAAUUAAAUCUAUCAGAUUCUCAAGAGCAACUUAUAAUAUCAUUUUAUAAUUCACCAUCAUUAAUAUAUGGUAAUGGAACACUUUCAAAAUUGAAUUGUUAUGAAUUAAAAUUAUCUAAUACAAAUUCAAAAAUCCCAAUUGAUUUUUUUUAUAAUACAAUUUUUAUUUAUCAUUUAAUUAUUGAUAAUCCUUCAUUUACCGGUUUUCUUCCAUCAUCAAAUAUAUUUACAUUUCAAGUAUAUAAAAUUUCAAUAAAAGAUAUCAGUAUACGUUAUUUACAAGGAAAACAUUUUCCUAUUAUUUUUAAUUCAGUUAAAGAAUUAAUACUUGAAAAUUAUUACGCACAUGGUGGUUUUAAAUCAUUUAAUAAUCGAGAAUUAUCUCAAUGUUUUCCAAAUUUAAAAUAUUUAAAAAUAUUUUCACGUUCAAUUCAACAUAUAACUAAACGAAUGUUUGAACAUUUAAAUCAAUUAGAAUAUUUAGUAUUAAAUGGUAUAACAACAAUUGAAAAUGAAGCUUUUUUUAAUUUAUAUCAUUUAAAAGAAUUAAAUCUUGGUAAAGAUAUUUAUCGUCUCGAUCCAUAUGCAUUUCUUCAUAUGACUACAAAUUUACUUAUAUUAAAUGAAAGUAUUAAUUUUCAAUUAGAUGAUAAUAAACAUUUUUGUGUAUUUGCUCAAUUUUCUCCAUUAACAAAUUUAAAAACAUUUAUUAAAUUUCCAAAAGAUUUAAAUACAUGUUCAUGUAUUAUACGUUAUUUAUAUCGACAUAUUGAUAAAUCAUUGAUGUCAUUAACACCAUAUUGUUAUUCAAAUUCAAGUUUAUAUGUUUUAGCACAAGAAGAACGUUUAUGUUAUUUCGAACAACGUUUACUUCAAUGUCAUGUUUUACCUGAUGAAGGUAUAACUAUUUAUGGUAAACAUUAUAACGUUUCAUAUUUUUAUCAACAACAAACAUCAAAACAUCGAAAUCAAUUAACAAUAUUUUAUCAUUAUCGAAUAUAUAUCAUCAUCAUAUUAAUAUUUAUAUUGAUUAUAAGUAUAAGUUUCACUCUGUUUUGUAUUCGACAACAAAAACAACGUAAUAAUAGUACAUAUAGACAUUUAAAUCGUUUAUUAAAACGACCACGAUUAAGAGAAAAUGAUAAUGUAACAAUGGAUAUUAUCUAUCAUCAUACAAAUGAUCAUCCCGAUGUUAUAUCAUCAACAAUACCUAUAUCAACUAAAGUUUAA